AUGCCUGAACUUCCUAAGCUCCACCCCGAAGUCACAUGGGCCCAGCGCUCCUCCAGCACUGAUGCCGAGCGCAAUUACCUCUACGUGAGCAUCAAGGCUCCCGAUGUGUCCCGUUCCUCCGCCUCCCUCAACAUCACCUCGAAGAAUGUUACCUUCUCCGGAGAUUCCAAGAAGGGCGUGAGAUACGAGGUCUCGUUGGAUCUGUUUGGCGAGAUCGACCCCGAGAACUCCAAGACGAACCACAGCGACCGUGAAGUCGAGCUGGUCCUGCGGAAGAAGGAGCUGAAGGAGGAAUUCUGGCCCCGUCUGUUGGAGACGAAGCAGAAGGUUCACUUCCUGAAGACCGAUUUCGACAAGUGGGUCGAUGAGGAUGAACAGGAUGAAGCCCCCGAAGAUGAUUACGCCAACAACUUCGGUGGUUUCGAGGGCAUGGGUGGUGACCAGGGAGGCCUUGGAAACAUUGACUUCUCUAAGCUCGGCGCUGGCCUUGAGGGCAUGGGAGGCGCCCCCGGUGCUGAGGAGGAGGAUGAGGAAGAAAUGCCCGAGCUCGACGAGGGCGACAAGAAGGCCGAUGGCAACGCCAAGAUCCAGGAGGUCUCUUAA